CUUAUAAAAACAACACAAAGUCUGUUCAAAUGCUGUGAUGCGACGGGUAGUGCCGAGAUGCCGGUCAUGGCUAUACCCAGCUCUAUGGGGUCAUCCUAUUAUCGGUAAGGUUAACACAUGGAGGACGGUUUGCCCUCAGUGUCAGUCGGCGGUGUCGGCUCUAGAUUCAUAUCUCAAAAUGACCUAGAGGAGGCAAAAGCACGCAGAGAAGAUCAGUGGAAGGCAGCAUAUGCCAGGCUCGGACAGGUGCCUCCUCCGCAACCUGUGGAAGAUUCCUUCGAUGGUCGGAGUCUAGCAGAGAAAUUAGCCGCGAACAGGGCCGCAAAACAGGAAGAAUGGGAGGAGAAGACGAAGUUAGCAAAUCAAUUUCGCGCACUGGAAGAGGACGAGAUCAUGUUUCUAGACUCUAUCAGAGAAAAGCAGGCCGAAGAAGAACGCCUCCGGAAAGCACAGGACGGCGAGGAGCUCUCAGACUUCAGAAAAGCUGUUGCAGCUAGGGAAAAUGACCUCAACAAGCCUUCGCAGCCAAUAGCACAACCACGAAAACAGAGUGAUGAUACUCCGGAGAAGCCUAAAGCCGCUACUGUGCUGGCGUCCAAGAAGGAUGUCAAGAAAUCGUUGAAGGGUGUCGUAGUGAAGAAGAGACCAAAGUCUAACAUUCAAACACCCAGCGAAUCCAAGGCAAAGGCGAAGGAAUCUGCUAAGAGCAUCGAUGACGAUGCACCACCAGUCGCAAAACGUCGCAAGAUUUCUGGAUCAUGACAUCCCUCACAUUCCACAUUCCGGCUUUCCUGUAGCUGUCCUUGUAGAUUUGUUCAUUGUAAUAUCAUCUAAUCCAAGAACACGCUGUCCAGUCUUUCUCA